AUGUUGAGAUUUUAUUCUUCUAUCAAUGCGUUGGGAAGUAGUCGAAGUAGUGUACACGUAGCGGCCAAUCUUAUUCAGCGAUGGGUGAGCACGAUCGAAUAUGACGCAUCAGGCCACAACCAAGUGGCACAGUGUUGGCCCACAAGCGGCACUGGAACAACCCCACCGAAUGGGUCGAGGCCUCGUGGGAUGCUUGCAGCGCGCAGGUACAGUGGAGCCUUUCAAGGCGCUGUCCAGAGACCAAAAGGAAAAUAUAUUGGCUUAAAUAAAAGCCGAUCGCGCCUCUACGAUGAGGGAUGGGACGACCAUGAUGAGACGCUAGGGAUGCCAGCCUGCGCUGAAAUCGCGUGGCACAGCGGCGCUAUAUUAGUUGAUUAUAUCAAUGUCACGAUCGAAUAUGACGCGGCACAACAAGUAGAACAAGUAUUGGUUCCACAAGCGCCACGAAAACAGCUUCACCGCCAACUUGAAUGGGUCGAGGCGACAUGGGAUGGUCGCGACACGCGUACAGUGGGGCCCUGGAGCUUUCAGGGCGCAGUCUAGAGAGCGGCGCUUGAUCAAAAGGAAAGGGAAGUUGAGGUUGGGUUCCAGAAAACGAUAGCUGAAAAAUGACAAGCUUUGACGUACAGCCGACACCCACUUGCCUGCAUCCUAAGAGCUUAAUUAAAAGCUAAUCGCUCCCUUGAGGAACGGGAUGACCGUCGUGGGCGCUUACCGUGGGCCAGCGAUCGCUGCAACUCGUGCCUGAUUACGACUUACAUAUGAGGUCCUAUAAGUCAGCAAGCAGGGGUCAUACUAAUUCUCUCGCUGUCAUAACCAGUCUGGGUCAUGCCAACGCGCAUGCUAGAAUUCG